CAUCGCGUAGCGUAAAAAGUGGGAAGUUCGCUUGACAGAGCUUUCGUGGAAAAGAGGUGAUUUUAAUGAGGUUUUUUCACGGCAAUUGAGAGUAUAUUUUGACUAAUUUUCGUGCAAUUUUACUGAAAAUCCAAGAACAAAUUAUACAUAGAGAUGUCCAGCACACAUAAACAUCGGUACAAGAAUGUUGGCAUGGACUCGUCGGAACUGCGCCGUCGGCGAGAGGAAGAGGGCAUCCAGAUUCGCAAGCAGAAGCGGGAGCAGCAGCUGAUCAAGAGGCGGAACGUGCAAAUGCCCCAUGUAAUCGACGACGCGUCGCUGCCCAGCGCCGAGAUGCCCGUGAGCAGCUUCGAGGGUAACACACUGGUGAAGAAGGAAAUGGUGAUGGCGCUGUACAGUGACAGUGAGCAGGAGCAAUUGGCGGCCACGCAAAAGUUCCGGAAGCUUCUCUCGCGUGAGCCCAAUCCACCCAUUGACGAUGUCAUCCAGACGGGCAUCGUGCCGCGCUUCGUGGAGUUUCUCAAGAAUGAGAAGAACAGCACGCUGCAGUUUGAGGCGGCGUGGGCGCUCACCAACAUCGCCUCCGGCACGUCCCAGCAGACGCGGAUCGUGAUCGAGGCGGGCGCCGUACCCAUAUUCAUCCGCCUCCUCUCGAGCCCGUUCGAGGAUGUGCAGGAGCAGGCUGUGUGGGCGCUGGGAAACAUCGCGGGCGACUCCUCAGAAUGCCGUGACCAUGUUCUGGAAUCGGACGUGCUCACGCCGCUUCUGCACGUGCUCAGCACGUCCAAUCGCCUCACGAUGAUCAAGAAUGCCGUGUGGACACUGUCGAAUCUCUGUCGAGGCAAGAAUCCACCGCCGGACUUUGCCAAAGUCUCCAAAGCUCUUCCGGCACUGGCGCGCAUCAUUUACCAUGUGGACCCGGAUGUCCUCAGCGAUGCCUGUUGGGCCAUCAGCUACUUGAGCGAUGGACCCAACGAUCGCAUCCAGGCUGUCAUCGAUUCGAAUGUCUGCAGGCGACUCGUGGAGCUCCUCAUGCACAAUGAGCAGGGCGUCGUGUCGGCAGCACUGAGAACUGUGGGCAAUAUUGUGACGGGUGAUGAUGUGCAGACGCAACUGAUCCUCAACUGUGGUGUUCUGCCGUGCCUCGUGAGCUUGCUCAUGUCGAGCAAGGAUUCUAUACGCAAGGAGGCAUGUUGGACAGUGUCUAACAUCACGGCGGGCAACAGACAGCAAAUUCAGGCGGUGAUCGACAUGAAGAUCUUCCCAAUUCUCAUCGAUAUACUGCAAAAGGCGGAGUUUAAGACGAAAAAGGAGGUCGCCUGGGCCAUCACGAAUGCAACGACAGGAGGAACACCGGAGCAAAUCAAAUACUUUGUCGUGAUUGGAUGUAUUCCACCACUCUGUGACCUACUGACCGUGGCAGAUCCGAAGAUUGUUCAGGUGGCCCUCAAUGGACUGGAGAAUAUUCUCAAAGCGGGCGAUCAACGCAAUACUAAGCCCAAUCCGUACGCUGUUGCCAUUGAGGAGUGCUAUGGCUUGGACAAGAUUGAGUUUCUUCAGUCGCACCAGAACAUUGAAAUCUACCAAAAGGCCUUUGACAUCAUCGAACACUACUUUGGCAGCGAAGAGGAGGACGCCCGCGUGGCACCGUCGACGGAGAACAAUCAAUAUCAAUUCAAUCCAGACCAAUCUGUGCCAACUGGAGGCUACCAGUUCUAACACCCAAACAGCACUGACGAGGACGGUGGAAUUGAUGACACAGGAAGGGAUAUUUAGACAAAAAAUACGCCCCAGACUCUCUUCUUCAGGAUAGCGAAGAGCCAAGAGAAAAUAGCCUCCCAAUUGAGAUAAACUAUCAAAAGGAGAAUAAAACAAUGAUGAUGAUAAACAUUAUUUAACUAUCAAUUAAAUUAAUAAUCUAGCAAAAAAAGGGAUGAACUUUAACCCGAGUCAAUCGUGAAAGAGCAUAGAAGCGACACACAAACACAUGAAAUUUCCAGUGUAGAAAAAAGGAAAAGAAAUUUGUUGUGAACAAAUUAACUUUAAAGAAAAGAAAAGAAAAGAGAUACACAGCAUUACAAAGAGAU